GUCGUCUUCUUCCGGUGACGUGAUGUCAACAAAGAACACGUGAUCUGCUGUGUCUUUGAAUGCAAGGCGCCAGCAACUGCUGCAAACUCACAGGUUAAAGACCCAAAGGGAUGCCAGCUGCGGAGCCGGUCCGGUUGGGUCGCAAACGCGCCCUGCCCUCCUGCCCCAACCCGCUGUUCCUCAAGUGGCUCACUGAGCUCCGGGACGAGGCCAAAGAGAAGGGACUGAAGAUCCAGUACACCUACCAGAAGGCCAUCGGCUCUUUGAAUAAGUAUCCAUUACCGCUUCAAAACGCCAAAGAGGCAAAGAUCCUCCAGAACUUUGGAGACGGCAUCUGUAAAAUAUUGGAUCAAAAACUGCAACGGUACCUUAAAGACAACGGCCCAGACGCUCCUAUUCACUCUCUCCCUGAAGGAGCGCCCCGUCCUGGCAGACAGGACAACAACAGCCUGGCUCCCUCCAGAAAGAAGAAUGCAGCAGGGGAUCAAGGGAAAGACAAAGGAGGAGGAGGAGGAGGAGGAAGGAAGAAGAAAAGGGACUACGUACCCCAGAAGAGGUCUGGAGGUUAUGCUGUGCUGCUCACACUUUACAGGCAGUCCCAGAUCCCAGGUAGCAAAGGUUAUAUGUUUAAGAUGGAGCUACAAGCAGAAGCGCAGCAUCUCUGCGAUAAGUCUUUCACUGUCCCAGAUCUAGGCAGUAAGUACACUGCCUGGUCUUCAGUCAGCACUCUGAUUCAGAAGAACUUUGUGAUGAAGACCCACAACCCUGCAAGGUAUUCUCUGACAGAAGAGGGCCUGGCUUUGGCGGAGCGACUGGAGUGCACAGAACAAGGGGCUAAAGAUGGCCCGGAUGGGGACAGAGAAGAGGCUAGAAGUGAAGGAGAGGGGGACGCGGAGGAAGGGGACGGUGGUCCUGGGCUCGUGGACCUUACCGCUAGCGAUGAUGACGAAGAAGAGAAGGAAGAAGACAGACUACACCCCACGGAGAGGCCGACCUGCGAGGCCUCGCCAAGGAGGGACGUUGACGGGAUGGGCUUAUCGGAAAACCCCCAGAACUCCCAUGCGACGAGCAGAAAGCCGAAUGCAGCGUGUCUUCUGCCCGGAACCUACGAAAUUAUACUCUGUGUUGACUUCAUUGAGACAACUGGCGGCAGCAGCCACCGCAAGCAGGAGCUGGUCAAAGAGCUUCAGAGGAAUGGAGUGACCUUCGAUGUUAGGAAGCUAAACGUUGGAGACUUCCUGUGGGUUGCUCGAGAAAAGGUGGCACCUGUUCCAGGUCAGUUGCGUGCCCCUACAGGCAGGGAGCUCGUCCUUGAUUACAUCAUUGAGAGGAAGAGGAUGGACGACCUGUGUGGUAGCAUCAUCGAUGGACGCUUCAGGGAACAGAAGUUUCGACUGAAGAGGUGUGGUCUCCGUAGGCCCUGCUAUCUGGUAGAGGAGUGCGGGUCGGCUGCGUCCCACCUGAGUUUACCUGAAACCACGCUGCAGCAGGCCAUAGUCAACACACAGUCCGUCUUGUUUUUUUCAAUCCUCCGUGUCCUCCUUGGCUACUAGCAACUGCGCCAUUACUUAGAAUUCCUCAUGGGGGAGACAGAAACUACGCGCUAUAACUUUAACUGUGAUGUGUGCUUUACACGUGUCCUUCUUUCAUCUUUAUUUCAGAACUGUACGCUGAUCUGUCGCUCCAGAGAGCUGGAGGGUGAUGGAGGGAGUGAUGAGGAGGAGGGUGGGACCGCCUCCUGCUCUCUCAUUUCUUUUGCAGAGUUCAACUAUGGUGCCAUCAAAAACAAGUGUCAGACCGUGAGGGAAGUGUUUGCCAGACAGUUGAUGCAGUUUAGCGGUUUGUCUGGAGACAAGGCCGCUGCUAUCCUGGAGCACUACAGCACUCCGCACAGUCUUCUGACAGCCUAUAAAAAGUGUGCAAGUGAAGCAGAGAAGGAGAAACUCCUCUCUUCCAUCCGAUACGGGAAGCUGAAAAGAAACCUGGGUCCAGCUCUGAGCAGAACAGUUUAUCAGCUGUACUGUACUCAAGGAGCACUGUCCUAGACGCACCCAGUCACCGGUGAACACGAGUUCACCCAUUCAGUUAUUUUCCGUCUUAAAGACGGAUGCACACUCAACCUCACUCACCUCGUCAUGUUCAUGUUCAGUCCCUUAUUUACUUGAAUAGAAUUAACUUGACAGGGAUUUCCACGUUUAUGUAAAUAUAAAAAUGCUGCUUUAUUUUCUUUACUGUAACAUAUUGCUAGUUGUGGGAAGAAUUUCACUUCAUGUAUCCGAUGUUACUACAUCAAUAAAUAUAAUAAUAAUAAAAAAAAGGUUUUAUACUGUUCUGUUAUUUUAUUGCAAAUGUGAAGUGAUUAAUUUUUUGUUUCUCCAGCUAAAAGCUGUAUUAAAGACUUGGGAAUGCAGAUUACCGACCGGGCAAAGUGGUCAUA